AUGCGGUCCGCUGAAGAUGAAAUUAGGAGGUUUGAUCGGGCUGCUAGAUUCGAGGAAGAUCGCGCAGUUGGUUUAGAACAUGAAAUCGAAAAAUUAACUGAGAUAGUUGACGGAGAAGAAUCUGAAGUGAAUCACCUCAAGAAAGCUUUAUUUUUAAUAAGGAAGUUUGAAGAUGAAGUUACGUUUCAUUCAGGCUGUGAUGCGAACUUAACAUCUGAAGCUAUUUCUUCUUGGGUAUCACUUAUACGUGAGGAAUGUGCUAACCUAGUAGAAAUGCCUGUUCUCAUGGCAUCGAUCGCUCGCCCAAUGUUGGAUAAUUCACUUGCUAGAUGGGAUCCUCUUAAGGAACCUACAUUUUGUCUCGAUUUGUUGGGACACUGGAGGGAUUUCUUUCAAAAUUCUUGCGCAUUUGAUGUUAUACUUGAAACAAGCUGGUUGAGCGCCAUACGCCGCACUAUUGUUAACGAAUGGAAUCCUCGAGACUGCGAACCUCUCCUGGAGGUUCUCGAAGCCUGGCAACCUUUGUUACCGGAUGAUAUGUUGCAGCGCAAAAUACUCGACCAACUGAUUCUUCCAAAAUUACAGGAUGCUGUUUCCUCAUGGAAUCCGUUAACUGAUACAGUACCUGUUCACACUUGGUUGCAUCCCUGGCUACCUUGGUUUGGAGGAGUUGAACGUCUCUCAUGUUUGCAUGAUAUGGUUCUCCAGAAGUUGGGAAGUUGCCUUACCAACUGGCAUCCUAGUGAUGCAUCUGCCCGCUCAGUCCUAAUGCCUUGGCGAACCAUUUUCCCGGUCACGUCCAUGGCAGCUUUCUUAAGUCGCCAUGUGGUGCCGAAACUUGCUUUAGCGUUGCAACAGUUUCAACUUAAUCCCGCUAAGCAAAACAUGGAUCCGUGGAAUUGGGUGAUGCGUUGGGCAGACUUGAUUGGUCCGGCUGUACUUGUAAACCUACUUGAACAUCAUUUCUGGUCACGUUGGCUGUCAGUCCUUUCAAGUUGGCUGAAUCAGGGGGUAGAAGCUAGGCAACGUGGAGACCACACUGCUGCCGGUCAAGUUUAUCAAGAAGUUGGCCGUUGGUAUGCUGGUUGGAAAGGUCAGUUACCUCCUGAGUGUAUGGAAUAUGCAAGUGUCAAAGAUGCUUUGACAAAAGCUUUGGCAAUGAUGGAACGUUCAAUGAGAGGGUUACCGCCUCAAGAACCUCAGGUCUCAAAGCAAGGUCAGUCAAAUGUGUCAAGGUAUCCUGCUGGCUCAUCAGGCGUACUUCCACCAGCUUUUGGAUCAUCAACACCUUUGGUUGCUCCUCCUCCGACAACACUACGUAAACAAGUUGAACAAGUAGCAGCGCAGCGCGGCUUCCUAUUCCAUCCUAUUUCAAACAGGAUGUUCGAAGGUCAACAAGUAUACAGACUGGAAUCACUACAAGUGUUUUUCGACCGCAACGUCAGUUAUGUGUACAAUCCCAGUGAUGGUGGCUGGCUUCCUGUUACAUUUGCUGAGUUGAUGACCCGUGCUCAGUACUGA